GCUGUGCCGCCCGUGGAGCGGUGUUAUAGAUUGGGGCUGAAGCCCCCAAGGUGGUAGGUUUUCUGUUUCUUAGAUAUUCAGUUGUGUGAGCGUUUCGUUCUUCUCUUUCUUUUAUUUUUGGGCCGUCUGCUACUGGGUCGAUAAUCGGUCAUUGUCUUGUGUGCGAAUACAAUUUUUGAAGGGGAGUGAGGUUUUCUGGCCAUAUUCUUUCUUUCAGGAAGGCCCUGUGAGCGUCUAGGGGAAUUCGGUCUUUACCUCUCGGCUUUUCUCGUUAUCGAUACCCGAGUUUCUCGCGGAGGGACUGGAAGACAUCUCAGAAUGGGCGUCUUGAGCUUUUCGAAAGCAUGCGCGCUUCUGUUGGCGGCGUAUGUGGGAGCGGAGGCAACAUCUGUAGGACUCGAUGGACUUCAUACGGACAAGGUGCUGCGGGCGGCUACAAAGAGGUCUGAUCUCUUCCGACGGAGCAUGAGGAUCGAGCAGAAGUUCGACACGGAGCUAGCGUAUAUUGAAGAGGAGAAUGGAUGGAAUGGGGGUUCUAUCUUUGCUUCGCAGCUCAAGGUUGCCUCGAAGAAGCCCAUUCUCAACCUGGAGGAGAUUGAGCACCAUCUGACGGAUGUUCGAUGCGGCGAUGGGACGAUGAAGCUGCAUUUCGUGGAUACGGUGUCGGCGACGGAUGCGAGGAUGGCUUGCCAUGGUGGUGAUGGCGGAUUGGUCAUUACGUCUCAUGAGGGCUGUAACAAGGAGGGCGAGCGUGGAGUGUACAAGGUACACGACGUCUCAUUCGCCGGGGACGGAACAGCUCUCGAACUCUCAGUCGUAGAGUCUCUGUGGAAGGAAUCUUUCAAUCGCUUCGAAGUCGGCUUCGGCCACACCGCAGAGGACCAUUCGUUCCGCCGUCAUUCUGACUUCGCCAAAGUUCGCAGGAAGCGAGCGGACGACGCCUCCGUCACCGUCCCGCCGAUUUCUAUCCCCACCGACACUCCUGAGAACGUUAACCAGGUCACCUUCGACCUCAACUGGCAGGUGGACGACAAGACCUUCAGCCCCUCGGACUUCACAGCCGGUCUUCCAGCUGGCUUCGUUCCGCUCCCCGAUCUAAGCAAUAUCCCCAUUGAAGUUGGCUGCAAGACCUGCUUGACGAUGGGAGAGUUAGUCCUUUCGCAAGGUUCGAUCGUCGUCGAUGUCGGACAGAUCGAUGUAGUUCCGGAUUUCUUCGAAGGCGGCGAUGAUGGCAAAAGUAUCGGGAGCGUCAUCAGUGGCGGUUUCAUGGAGCUCAAGGCCAAUAACAUGGAGGGCUACUUUGAGCUCUUCGCGCGACCCAAGGCCAACGGCUCCUUUAUGAUUACGCUUUUCGGGCUUCCUAUCCUUGGCUUUACGAUUCCGGGUGUUGGCCGCGCGGGUGCCGUUUUCGAAGCUUCGCUCUCAGCCGAUUACGAAAUUGCAGGCGGGUUUGAGAUCACCUACGGUAUGAACCUGGUGGUCCCCACCAACUCCACCAUCCGCAUCGAGCUCAACGACAUCACCAAGAGCGGCGUAAACGGCUUCCCCAACACCACGCUCACCCCUCUCCCCUUCAGCUUCGACGUCAAGGACGUCAGCGCCUUCGUCAGUCUCGCACUGAUCCCCUCCAUCCCCAUCGGCUUCAAGUUCGAAGACGCGCUCGAUGCCUCUAUCUCCGUUGACAUGGAACUCCCCCGCCUCGACGCGCUCAUCACCACCAUCGCGAACGCCGACACAAACUGCAACGAUCUCGGCUCCUCCGUCGCUGCCCGCGGCCUCCCCGCACGCGAAGCAGCUCCCUUGGCCAACGAGACCCAACCCCUCAACGGCACGACCGGCACAAACGGCACAACCAGCACCAACGGCACCGUCGAAAUCGGCCCGCUCGUCCUCAUCGAAGCCAACGUCUCGAUAACCGUAGACGUAGGCUUCGACCUAAAAUUCCCGCUCCUGCCCGCGCCUCUCAACGGCGCCGGCACAGCCGCAGAAAUCUUCUCCACCAUGUUCGCGCUGUCCACGCAAUGCCUGGCUCCUCUGGCCGGCUUCGCCGCCGCCACGGAUGUGUACGACCCCGUGAAAGCGACGUCCACCGUCUCUGGGACGCUUAACUCCACGUCUACGUCUACUCCACCGUGCAAUUCGACGAUCAAGCGCGAGCAGAGUUACUACGUCCCCGUGAGCAGUCUGGCGUAUGCGACACCCGCGCCGCACUCGGAUUGUAGCUGCCAGCCCAGCACUACGACGGUGUAUGUGCCGCCUGCUGGUGCGCCGCCAGCUGAGACGUCCCCGGUGUCGCCGCCUUAUGCUCCGCCGUAUGGGAAUGGGACGGUGCCGCCGCCGCCGCCGCCUACGGGCACGGGUGCGCCGCCUAAUGUGAGCACGCCUCCGACAGAGCAGUUUACGGGUGCAGCGGCCCCAGGGGCUGUGUCCGGUAUGCAGUGGGGGAAUUUGGGAUGGCAGUUGGGGUUGCUGGGUGCGAGCGUGUUUGCAGGCAUGUUGAUGUUGUAAAACGGAGAUGGAGAAAGAAAGUUUUAGGGCGGUCAGUAAGUUGGAAUUCCUAAAUACCCUUUGUUGUGUCUUUUUUUCGUCGCUUCUUUCGUGUAUAUAUACUGGGGGAAUUGUUGCUGCAUAGUUGGCGGGCGUCUUAUUCGUGUUUUCGUCUCUGAAACUACUUCAGAAGGCAUUCGCUCUGCUUUAUAGUGUAUCUGGUCCUUGCUCCUGUCCACGGGUCACACCGCGACUCUUGCCCCGCCGCCGGG